UGAGGAUAGAGAUACAAAUUGUUGAGGACAAAACUCUUCCCUUGACUAGAGCUGAGAAAAGCAGUUUUCAAUCUUUUGUUUUGAAAGAAUAAAUUUGCUGCAAUACCCUUAAAUACUGGCUAGCAUCUUUCUCAUGAGAUUAAUUGCUAUUAUUUAAAAUUCCCUGGUAUCACUUAACAUAAAGUGCCUUAAAUUCAGAGAUUCAUACUGAACUGGAAGAAUGAAAACAGAACUUGGCAGAAUUUCAACCAAGGGUUGUCUGAAAAGUAAUUACUUUAGCAUGUAGACCUGGGACCAAAAGACUGCGCCUAGAGCUAACCACGUUGCGGUCCAUAAGUGCAUGCUCCUUAUCUGGUUUCCAACAAUAAAGUCACUGUGGCAUUACAGUUUACUGCUUUCAUGAACUGUGAGUACUGAAGGAGAGAAGAGAUUCCCCCAGGAAUAGCACUUGGCUGCCAUUUAAAAGGUUGAGUCAAUAGUUCGAUAAACACAUGUGCUCAGAGCUUUGUGUCUCAAUGUUGAUAAUAUUGGUGGGCAGCAGGCAAGUAGUGGGACAGUCAAUACCUCUGUGCAGUGGGGAUGCAGUGAAUUUUAUGGGCUGUGUACCACUUAAUCAGAUUUCAGGUGGGCAACAGCAAAAGCUUAGAUUUAAUUUUUAUAGUUGGUGGCAUUUCUUUGAUAUACCUCUUCAGUUGUCUUUUCAAAUCUAAGUGUUGCAUAGGGAUGGGGCAGAGGUAAAAAUGAGUCAUGACUCCUCUCUGGCCUUUGUUUACUUUCAUCCUGGAAUCCAUAAAAAAUGACUAAGGGCCCCCCAGAGCCCUUGGCUCUGAGCUCAAACCUUUCUUAACCACUUGUUGCCGUCAAGUUUUCUCCUGAGAGCCCUAAAAGCAAGGACUGGUUUUAUUUUGUUUUAAUCUUUAUCCUUGGGCCAAACACAUGAGUACUUGGUGAAUGAAUAAACCAGCCUCACAUACUGCUUAUGCCAUUGCUUGCAGUGGAGGGAUUCCAGUAGUUAUGCAGAGAUGUGUUUUUCUUUGGAAGAUAGCUAUAUUAAGGAUGCAGAUGUAAGGCAGUUUUCAGAGUUUUGAUGGAACAUCCUGAGUGGUCAGAGAGCAAAACCAACAACCCAAGAAGAGACAAAAGGCAGAAUGGAAUGAAGGCAGUUUAGGAGCACAUCCCCUGGACCUAAGACUGCAUGGCUUAAAGUCCAAACCAUGGUUUACCCCUUUCUGUCUCAGUCACUUACAAAAUGAAGCCUAAUACGUAGUAUCUUAAAGAGUUUAUGUGCAUAUGCUAAUAUAUUUAAAGUGCUUAGAAGUGCCAAUUACACAGCAUUCAGUAAAUGUUAGCUUUUGCUUUUAAUCUUUGGUACACAGUGAUAUAUUUUUUAACUGGGAGUGGGAGGGUCUAGGACAGUUGGAGACAGUAGGCCAGUAGGGAUACAAUCCCCUAACACGUGUACUGGAGGGUGUUUCCAUUUUUAACCUUGAGUUGUCGUCAUUCUAGUAAAGCCAAGGGAUCAGGUAGGGUUGAGAGGGUAACUCAGGGAUGAUAGCUGAGGCACUCAGCCUUUUCUAGGCUGAAUCCUUCGCUUCGCAUCAGCCAGAGGGCGGGCAUUGGAGUCACCUUAAGAGCCUGUAAUUUCUCCUUCUUGCCAUAGGGGUCAGGAACUGGGAGGGGAGACUGAGCAAGGGGGCAAGAAUACGAACGGCCUCGGGCCUGGAGCAAGCCCCCCCUAAACCUCGGUUUCCCUGCCCCUAAGGGAAGAGCUCACCAAAGCAGGACCACAGGCCACCCGGGAACCCUCUGCACCCGCCGGCACAGAGGAAAGCACAGUUUCCCACCUCCCGUCAGGCAUGGGGUGGGGCCGGAAGAGGUGGGAAGGCCGCGACUGAUUCCCGCUAGAUGUGGUCGGUCGCAGAGAAGCGGAGGGUGGAGCCCCAGCCCGGGGCCGGGCAGAAUGGAGGCAGGUUCAGGCGCGGCUCCCAGGGGGCGCAGAUCGGCAACGGUGGCCGCGGUGGUGACCAAAAUGCGUCCGAGCCCUUGCGACCCGGGAGGAGCUCCGCGAUCCAAAUGUCCGUAUCGCGGAGCGAGGUGGGCGGGCGGCUGGGGACCAUGGCCAGGACAGGCAUGGAGCAGUGGCGUGACCGGCUGGCACUGGUGACAGGAGCUUCGGGGGGCAUCGGCGCGGCUGUGGCCCGGGCCCUCGUCCAGCAGGGACUGAAGGUAGUGGGUUGUGCCCGCCCCGCGAGCAACAUCGAGGAGCUGGCUGCCAAAUUUAAGAGUAUAGGCUACCCCAGGACUUUGAUCCCCCACAGAUGUGAUCUGUCCAGCGAGGAGGACAUCCUCUCCACGUUCUUGGCUGUCUGCUCUCAGCACAGUGGUGUGGACAUCUGCAUCAACAAUGCUGGCUUGGCCCGGCCUGACACUCUGCUCUCAGGCAACACCAGCAGCUGGAAGGACAUGUUCAAUGUGAACAUGCUGGCCCUCAGCAUCUGCACUUCGGAAGCCUACCAGUCCAUGAAGGAAUGGAAGGUGGAUGACAGGCACAUCAUUAAUAUCAACAGCAUGUCUGGUCACCAAGUGUCACCCCACUCUGUGAUCCAUUUCUAUAGUGCUACCAAGUAUGCCAUCACCACACUGACAAAGGGACUGAGGCAAGAGCUUCGGGAGGCCCAGACCCACAUUUGAGCCACAUGCAUCUCUCCAGAAGUGGCGAAGACACAAUUCUCCUUCAAACUCCACAACAAGGACCCUGAGAAGGCAGCUGCCAUCUAUGAAUGCAUAAAGUGUCUCAAACCUGAAGAUGUGGCUGAGGCUGUCAUCUAUGUCCUCAAGCACCCUUCCAUGUGUCCAGGUGAGUCUGGCCUUGACUGGCCACCUCCUGGAAGAGCCCAGCCAUCCCAGAGGAGGACAGCAGGGAGGCCUAGCGGGUGGGGAGAGCAUCCUGUCUGCCUCAAGCCUUGUGCCUUCCAGCAGAUUGGAGACAUCCAGAUGAGGCCCAUGGAGUAGGUGAUCUAGUUUCCUGUGGGGAGUUCUGUCUUCCGUCCCCACGCCUCACGGCUUGACUCCUGCCUCUGGAUUUUAGGUGUUGAUUUCCAGACUCCUGGAUUCUGCUUCCUCUCUCCAACCCACCAGGGGCUACAAAUUUUUGGAAGUUUUUAUGUCUUAUCAAAUUAUGUCCACCACAUAUAUGAACAGUGGGCUGGGGAGAGGAGGUUAGGUGUCCCCAAUUGUUUUACCUGUUAACUUUGGUUAACAGGUAAUUUGGUUAAUUAUUGGUCCGCUUCUUGGGCUCCUUGGCCUUUGUGUGCUCUCUUUGGUCUCUUCCUUUUGACCUGGGGAAGGAACUGUGGCCAAAAGGGGGGCUUCCCCCUAUCUUCUUGUACCCCAACCCCUGUACCUCAAGGAGGAGGGGGCAGAGAGAAGCCCUCACCUUCUAUCUGAAUAGCUAUCCAAGGCCCUAGGCUUCCUCCUCUCCCUGCCCUACUGCCCCCAUUGCCUCUUCUCUUCACCCACCCCAGUUCUCCAGCCCAGGCUUGGCUUCUCUGCUCCCAGUGGGGUCAUCACUCCACACUGACUAUGGCAGCUGAAUAUCAGGCCCUGCCUCCCAACUGGGUUUCACUGUGAUAAUUAAAAAAGAAAAAUUGCAACAACCUACCUUGGCUUUAGGAGUAUCUUUCUGUUCUUUCUCCUCUUCUGUGAUCAGGGGUGGUUGUGCCUCAGAAUUUCUUCCAGGUGAGUGGGAAGGUGGGCGCUUUGGGGCAUCACUCCUGGAGUAUGGAUUACCUUAGGUAGCAGAUGUGGGUUUGGGUUGAGUCUUGAAAAUGGGUAGGAGUUUGCCAGCCAGGAAAGAGGACAACAGUGGAUACAAGGCCGGGAGGCCAAAA